AUGUUGUCCAUAAUCGUCGCAAUUCUAGCCACACUUGCCGCUGCACAAAGCAUACCCUGGCCCAAAUUCGGCAACUGGACCGAGGAAUUCAACGGUCACCCGUAUAUCCUCUCAGGCCCAAAGACUCUAGGGAAGAAAAUCGACUUCAAACUCGAGCGAUGCCAUUACGUCCUCAAACUCAUCAAUGAGCGCACACACAUCCCAAACAGCCAGAUUCCGCUUCCCACCCCAGCCUCCCUCUGCAUGGACAUCCUCGCCAAACGAAAAGCUUCGAUCGGCGACCGGGGCUUUCUCGAGCUCUUCUCCAAAGAUAUUGAAGAUGCCAAAAACUUCUGGUAUGACGUCAACUCCAACUCCACUCUGCAUGACCCAGCCACGUGGAAAGCGGUCGAGUGUCGUGCCCUUGUACCACUUCCCAAUGUCAACGCGUGGGCUUUUUCGACGUGGUCUGCCUUGCCCCUCGCCGAUGCUGCUAAUAAUCGCGGCAAUGCGGAGCACUACUUUAAAAAGUCGAGUUACGCUGGGGGAGGAGCGACUGGCACAUCGCAGAUUCUGGAGAGCUGGGGCGGGGUGGUGACCAACUUUAGUAUUCCCAACUACAGCCCACGAACUUGUGCGCAGAGAUCGAUGGUGCGACUGCUUCCUGAAUUCCGACUCAAGGCUUGCGGUGACAAGAACCUCGUAGACGGCAAGAAUACUCGAUUUGGGGUGUUGAAUAUUGCUGCGAGGGAUGUCAGUGUGGCUGGGAAGAGGUAUCUUGAUAUUUAUGCCUCCGUGUGGUAUGGCAGCGCUAUCUCGGAGGAGCACCUCGAGGCGGAGAGGCAGCAUAUCAUUAUUGAGAUUGUCAACUUGAGUCUGAAGGCUCAGGAAGAUGUGAAGAGUGGGAGAUUCAGGGUUCCAGCGCCUUCAGGAUCUUGA